GCAACCACGACAACAGCAGCGUCCUGGUUUCUCCUGAGCCCGAGGGGGCGACAGGGGCGCGGUAGCGCGUGGCUCCGGGCCCAGGCCGCUCCCGCGGGGCCGCCCACAGACUCGUCGUCGAACUCCAAGGGGGAGGGGCGGCGCGGGACUGCGUCCCGGAGACAGUGGUCGCCAACGCUGCCACAUUCCGAAGGGACGGGCUCGAGCUGAGGGCGGCCGGGCAGGGGCCACUUCCCGCCACAGCCAGACGACUCCGGCGCUUUGGGCCGUUUGGCCGACCCGGUUGUGGGGCAGGAGAGCCGCAGGCCCUGGCGGCCUCGGGAGGGGAGAGAGGGCUUCAUUAUUUGUGACCACAAUGAGACAUGCAGGUGGUGACCAUCUGUUCAAGGUCAAGACCUCGAAAGAAUGGUUGGAACCACAGCGGCUUUCUUUUAUGGAGAACUUAGCCAAAGAAGAUACUGAUGCAGCUAUUCAAUCAAUAUUAUACAGAGAAAAGUAUGUCAUUAAGGAACUAGAUAAGCAUGUACAACAUCAUGAGUUCUUAAAUGCAAGAAGAAAAGAGAUAUUACAUAAAAGAUGGGUUGACCAUGUGGCAGAUCCUCUCCAGAAGAAAAUUAUAGAAAAAGUUUGUUCACAUAAGAACAUUAAGAAAAGGAGACAAGAGGAAUCGGAUGAUUUUUUAAAACAUGUAAAUAAAAAGGGAAAUGCAUUUAUAGAACAUUAUGAUCCAAACGAGUAUGAUCCUUUUUAUAUGUGCAAAAAGGAUCCUAAUUUUCUGAAGGUUAUCAUCCCACCAUUUCGUGACCCUUUGAAAAAAGCACAAUAUGACAGGGAUGAUGAAAAAAGAACUCUUCUUCAGUGUGAGACUGGCAAAAUAUAUACAAUGAAAGAAUUUAAAGAGGUUGAGAAGGCCCAACUGCAUUCAAGAUUCCCAAGAAUUUCUAAAUCAAGGCACUUUAUUACUCCAAAUGAGUGGCUUAAAGUGCCUCAAAGAUACAUAGAAAGUGAAUUUUGUAAAAGGAGCAGGUUAAAAGUGAAAGUGAAUUUUAACAGUACUAGUUUUGAUUUGAAAUGCUUGGCAAGAACUCCUCCUCAUCUUCUGAUAUCCCAGGAAGAAGAAUCAGCCGUUAUUCACAAAAACAAAGGGCCAUCCUUUCUGGAAAAAGAACCUCCAUGUUAUCAGGAGGGAAAGAAUCCAAGUCCCAAAAAGGCCAACUGCAGAGGGCACUUUUAUUCCUUGAACCUCAGCCAGAGGGCAGGAUGGGAUGAAGACAAGGACGUGGUUUUAGCAACCAAGAAGCACACAUCCUGAUCCUUGACUGGAGAAAGGGUACAUAGAACAAGGCUACUUCGGAGAAAGACAUCUGCUAGCAGGAAUCAUUCAUGGUGAAGAACAAAGAAGGCUCUUAAGAAUCGUUCUGUCUCUAAGAAAAGCAUCUGCAACAAACUUUAUUUGAUUUUUAAAUUCAAUGUCUGUGAUCAUUAAGCAAUGACAAUACUAUGUAUUGACAGUUACUGCAAAAGUAUUUUCCCCAAAAGUUACAAAAUAUUCCUAAUAGAUGCAAUAAAAAUAAUUAUAGCUACCUUA